GCAUGGAAGGCUCAUUCAGAAAGUCAGGAGGCAUGGGAUCCAGGGAAACUUGGCUGUGUGGAUUCAGAAUUGGCUCGCCCAUAGAAGACAGAGGGUGGUGGUAGAUGGAGCGUAUUCUGCCUGGAGAUACCCUAACAACACAAUGGCAGUGCACAGGACUAAGGCUGAGGCCUUGGUGAAAUGGAUUAACAGUCUUAAAUUGUCAGAAGAAAUAGGAAAUCUGGCAGCCCUCCAGGAUUGUGUUGUCUUCGUGAAUCUAGUGUGCAAGAUAAGUGGAAAAGAAAAUGCAUCACAGAUACUUGAAACAAAGUCCAUUGAGGAGAGAUUCCAGUUCAUCUGCAACUUUUUAGAAUGUUCAGAGGUUCAGAAGAGUCAGCCAGAUCGGUGCAGGUACAAUCCUGCGGCUGGAAGUGUGGUCUCCUUGCAGAAGAUCUUACUUGGUGAAGAUGUUGAACUUGAGAUGGCAAAGAUGACUGUCCUCCUCCUCCACCUCCAUACCAUGGCCAAACAAAACCCACACGAGUUUGAGGAUCUUGACAUAGAAACCCAGGGUGAGCUUGUGGGCAUCCUCCGCUUCGUGCUUGACAAUGAAGAGGGAAUUCAUCUGGACAACAACUUGGCCACAUUUUUGCAGAGUCGAGCCUCGUCUCCAUUGGCUCAUCUCCGUAGUGCCAGUUCAGACGAAGUAACCUCGCCAACGUUCUGUGGGAAAACUGGAGGACAGAGAGCCCAGUUUUUGGCAUCCAGAGUGUACAGUUGUGGACCUUCGACUUCCCCGACGUCACCAAUGCGGGACUUCAUGCAAACCCCGCAGGUCCAGGUACGACGGAUGAAGAAGCAGCUGGCGGAUGCGCGAAUGCUUCGCGAUGAUUUGGAGAUUGAGCUGACCGAGGCCCGCAAGUUGAUCACUGAGAAAGAAACACAAAUCUCCAUUAUGCAGCAGAAGGUUGAUCGGCUGGUGAAACUAACAGAGAGGCAGGCCACCGAGGAGCAGCCUGACGAACUCGGCAAUCUGAGGGAAAAAUGUGAAAGUUUGUUGAACAGACUGCGUGACACCCAGAAACAGAGUCAGGAUCUGAAGACUGAGAAAAGUCAGAUGGAGCGAAAAAUUGAAAAACUUGAAGAAGAAAACGGCGACCUGUCGUACAAGGUUCGUGACUUGGGGAGUCGGCUGGCGCAAUCCCAGAAGGCCCUGAACGAACUGGCGGAUGAGCACGAGACAGCCAUGCCCCUUUGGGAGGGAAUGCAGAAGCAACUGGAGAGUGAUCUGCACCUGGCCCUGUCGGAUAAAAAACUGAUGGAAGAGAAGAUACAGAUAUUGGAAGGAAAAAUAUCCUUGAUGGAAGAUCAGCUUGCAGUGGCUGGGGAAAGUUCAAGUGAAGUGAAAGGAGAGGUGAUGGGUGAUGUUCUUCAGCUGGAAGCUUUGAAGUUGGAGGUAUCACAACUGACAGCUAAAGCUGCAGGACUGGAACAAGAGAGCACACUUCACAAAGAGGAGAAGAGCCAGCUAACGGAGACCGUCAGCAGCCUCAAGCAGUCCAUCGCGGAGCUGCUUGACCAGAAGGGGGUGCUCGAGCAGGCUGCACGGGUGCAGGAGGAAAGACUCGUGGGGCAACUGGACACCUUGAACGUGGAGAUCAUGAAGGUGAACAACUCUCUGAUGCAGAAGGAACUGGAGCUGGAGGAAGAGAAGAAACUGAGGCACCAGCUGGCUGAGGACUCCCAGAACAAGGAGCAGGUGGCCCAGCAGGCUGUUCUCGAUCUCCGCUCGAAACUGGAGACCCUCGGUGAAACCCUGCGAGCAAAGGAGGAAACACUGCAGGGAUUUGAGAAGCAGUUGGAAGCUGAACGGGAGAGCACGUUGCAACAAAUGACAGCCCUGAAGCAAGAAUCCGAGAGGAUUUGCAAUGAGAAGGUUUCUGUUAUCACGCAGUAUGAAACCUUGAAAGCAGAGAAGGAGAGUGAAAUGGAGAGGCUCAAUAAACAAAUUCAGUUGUUGGAAGGUAAUCAGCUGGGCAUCGAAACCCUGGAGAAAGAGAGGAACGAGCUAAUGCAGAAGGUGCAGAUGUUGGACACCGAAGUUGCAGAGGUGACUUCCAAAAACCAGAACCUCCAGUCUGCCUGCAACGCCCACAAGCAAAGCCAUUCUGAGGAGGUUGCAGCUCUUAAAACGGAGCUCCAGGAGACCAAAGGGGAGCUGGAGGAGCACAGGAACAGGUUGACAGGUCUUGCUGAGGCUCUUCAGAAAAACAAGGCCCUUCAGGAGCAGCUCACUUUUCUGCAGAGGACCAUUGAGGGGCUGGAGAACGAAAGGAAGCAGUGGGAAGAGGCUCGGGCCUUGGAAGCAAAGCAGAUUUGCCAACUGACUCGGGAGUUGAAGGAGCUGACAGAAGAACGUGAUCAAACCAAGGCCCAGCUAUCAGAGGAACUCAAGCGUCAAGAGUUGGCUCGGACCGAGGCAAAGCAGUCAGUGGACGAGCAACUGGAGAGGUCAGCCGAGCUUCAGAGUAACCUUUCCAAUGCCCUGCGGAUGGUUGAGGAGAGGGAAAAAGAAGGAGAGAGGUUCCGUGAAGAGGCUGCUUUGUGGAAAGGAAAGUUUGAGGGUGCUCAGCAGAAGGAGGCCGAGUUAGACACCGCAAUUGUGGACUUGAAGGAGGCGAGGGAAAAGGCCGAGGCCGAGCUCUUGGAAGAGAGGGCGAAGAACAGCGAGCUUGAGGCCCGCCUGGGUCAGUUGAAUGCCGAGGAGCAGGGGAAAGUCUUGGUGCCAGAGAGCGAGCUUUCGCAAUUGAAGGAAGCGGCGGCGCAGGAGGCAGAGGCGAGGGCUGACGCGGCCGGCUGGCGGGAGAAGUUUGAAGCGGCCCAGAAGGAAGCAUCUGAGCACCUGUCGCAGCAGGAGGAGGAGGCCAGGAGGAACUCCACUGAGCAAGCGCAGGCGCAGCUGGACCUCGCUAAAGCGCGGGCGGAACUGGCCAGCCUGGAGGAGCAGUGGAAGCAGGGGAGCGCCGAGCAGGAGAGCAGAGUCUCCGAACUCGAGGCCAGCCUCGAGGCAGCGCAGAGGGCAGCGAGAGAAGGGGAGGUGCGGGGAGAGCAGCUGCGGGCCGAGGUGGGGUCACUGCGCAACCAGCUGGAGGAGCUGAGGAGGUCGGAGGCAGAGCAGCGCGAGUGGCAGGAGGAGAGAGCGGCAGCCAAGGCAGAGCGGGAGGCCGAACGAGCAAGCAGGGCCGAGAUGCAGCAGUUGAUCGGCGACCAGCAAGAGCAGCUCGUGGCUCUGCGGAGCGAGCUCUCCAGCGCACUCACUGCCGCGGAAGAAGGGAAGGCCCAAGAGGAGGCAGCGAGGGAACGGAUCAAGAAGCUGCAAGAACGAAGCCGGCUCCAGGAGGCAAAGAUCAGCCAGCUCCAGGCCGAGGCAGCAGCCGCGCAGAGCACUGGCGAGAAGCUAGCCAGGCAGGAGAGCGAGCUGACACGUUACACCCAGGCCCUGAGCAAGAGGGAGGAGGAGCUGCUCGAGCUGGGCUCCAAGCUGGCCGCAAGCGAGGAGGCAGGCCGCCAGUACAAGCAGAAGGCAGACUCCGCCCAGGAAGAGCUGUGCUCUUCCCGCAGCCUGUGUCAGGAGAGGCUGGCGGACAUGAAGGCGCUGCGGUCGCAGGUGACCGAACUGGAGCGCGAGCGCGAGGGGCAGCAGCGAGCGCUGGCCCAGCUGGAGGCCGAGAUGAAUGCGCGGGGCUCGCGUACCCAGGAACACGAGGCAGCGCUCCGGGCCCAGCUCCGCGACUCGCUGCAAGAGAAGGAAUCGGCGGAGCGGGCCUGGAAGGACAAGGUCAGCCUGCACGUGGAGGAGCUCGGGAGGGAAAGGGAAAAGACCCGCGCUCUCGAGUCGGAAAUCACGACCUGGCGGGGGAAGUAUGUGGAAGAGCAAAGGGAGAGCGCGAAGCUGAGGGAGGAGGUGGCCGCGGUGACAGAGACUGGGAAGAGGCUGCGGGAAACUCUGGAAGCCCUCCGGACAGAGCAGGUGCAGCAGAGAGACUCUGCCACAGAGGCGGCCAGGCUGCAGAACGAGUCACUUCAGGCAGAGUCUGCGGCCCAGAAGCUGAUGAUCCAGAGCCUGCAGGAGCAGCUGGUCUCGGGGACUCGGGCAGUGGCAGAGCUGGAGCACCGGGCACAAGCAGAGCGGGAGAGUUCCUCCCAGAAGGAAGGGGAGCUGGCCCAACUCCGCAGUGAGAUGGCAGAGGUCCGCGCCCAGGCGAAUGAGGUGGAGUCCCAGCGCCGGGCGGGGGUGGAGCAGCUGGAGAAACAGCUGGCUGAGCUUCGUGCCGAAGCCGGGCAGCUGCUCGCCCUGAAGCAGCGUUGCCUGGAGCAGGAGCAGGAGAUCCAACGGCUCCAGCAGACCAGCAGCCAGCUGGCAGCCUCCCUCAGCUCAGAGUCGGGCUUGGCUCACGGGAGGCUGGAGGCUGAGUUGGCCAAGGUCCGGGAGGCCCACGCCGAGCAGCUGAGCUUGCUGUCCUCCCAACACGCAGGGGAGCAAGCUGCCAGCAGGGAGAGAGAAGAGGAGAGCAGGAGGAGGGUGGAGGAGGUGACCAACAAGUACGAGAAGGCAAAGCUCAAGGUUGUGGAUGAUCGGCACAAGUUUCAGGAGGAACAAAAGCAGCUAAUUGCGCAGAUUGCAGAUCUGAAUCAGAAGCUGGCCCAGCAUGAUGUAGCGGCUAAAAGCAAGCUGCAGAAGCUCAUGGCUCGAGAUAAUGAGACGCAGGAGAAACUGGAACAGCAGGUGAUGGAGCUCAGUACACAGCUGAAGGAGAAGGAGGAGAUGGUGCAGCAUGUCAAGGCCCAGCUGGAGAAGGCAAAGACUCACUACGACAGUAAAAAGAUGCUGAGCCUUGAGCUGGCGGAGAAGCUGGAGGCCCGAGAGAAGAACGUCUCCUCCCUGGAGCAGCAGCUGACGGCAGCGAUGCAGGAGGGCGCGGAGCUGCGGGCAGAGUCCGAGAGACUGCGCAAGGAGGCGCAGCAGGCCAUGAGGGAAGCGAAGGAGGCUAACCAAAAGAACAAGACCCUCUCUGCACAGGUGGAGUUCGCUGACCGGCGGCUGAAGGAGCUCAACAAGUCGCACUUAACUGCUGGCACAAGAAGAUCCCGUAGCAACACCGGGAGGGGCUCCUCUCAGGUCGGAGACAGUGAAGCAGAUUUCAGCAAGGACAGUAUUGAGCUCAGUGACUUGGAGGAGCCAGCUGUAGCAUGGAACAAUACAGGAGCCAGGAGGGGCAAGGCAGGUUACAAGACCCCUGAUGCUGUUCACAAGGGAAAUGGAUCUCUUGCAACACAGAAACUGCGCAGGAAGUCAGAGUCCCUGGAGUCGCUGUACUUCACUCCACUGCCCCAUCGCAGCCAGUCCACGAUGGACACCAGCCUCAGCUCUCUGGGGGACCUUAGUCUGGACUCAGCCAAGAAAACCCGAUCUGGGCGGAGACGUACCACUCAAGUCAUCAACAUCCUCAUGACAAAGAAACAGACAGUCGAGUACGAGGAGCCCAGCACCUCGAGAGCUUCGUUGCUCGGCAUCCAGCCCUCAGCCUCCCAGCCGAACAUCUCAGACCAGCGUCCUCGGGGUCGCUGGAGGAACCGGGCCCCUUCCGUCACCUCGCUGACGGCCGUCAAUCGCUCCAUGUCCCAAGACUCGCUGGACGGUGGCAGCAGCGCAGAGGAUGUGGGGACUGCUGCCUUGAUGAACCUCCCGGGAUUCCGGCCUACCACCCGAAGGUCCUCCAGGCUGUCCUCAUUUGGCACCGCUGCCUCAAGUUCGAACGCAUUGUACCCAGGAGGGUGCCAGGAUGAGCCCGACCAGUUGGACGACUGGAAUCGGAUCGCCGAGCUGCAGCGUCGGAACGGGGUCUGUCCUCCGCAUCUGAAGACCUCCUAUCCUCUGGAACCCAGUACUGCUGUCGCUGAAUCCGUGAUUACAGAGGACGAACUGAGGCUUGGAGACCCCAACGAGACUCUCCGUCGGGCCACCCUGCUGCCCAAGGAGAUAAACGCUGUCCGCCUAAGGAACCUGGCCACAGACUCCCUCGACCCCAACUGGAAGGGAGUCACCACUCGGCAGCGCAAGCGACUCUCCGAGGAGUCACACCAGGGAUCGGGCACCCCUGAGGCCAAGAAACAACUGAGCUGCUUUCCGCGCCCCUUGAGCCCAAAGGAAAAGGACAAGCAAGGCCAGGCGCAGUACGACAACCGAUCCAAACGUCUGACUCAGAAUAAGGCCCGGAAUCAGGAUGACAGACGGAAAUCCAUAUCUUACACUGUCUUCAACACGCCUCGGAAGUUGGGCAGCACCUUGCUGCGGAGCAUCAAUAAGAGGGCCACCCCCAGGAAAACACCCAAGAAAACCCCAAAGAAGUCACCCAGGAAGUCACCCAGAUCAAAUUCUAAAAAGGAUGCUGGCAAACGCAAAUACUCCAGGGGCAAGAUUUGAGUGCAGCGGGAAAGUGACCGCGGAGACCCCGAUGAUAUUUAUGCUGAGACCCACCAUGCCUGCAUAACAAUCGGCCCAAGUGCUGGCUUACUCUACUUUUUACAAACAAUUUGCCUUAAGAGCGAGUAACUAGUUGGACUGAACACCAAUCAGUGGAGGAGUGCUGUAGCAUCGGGAGUGAGCCCUGAUCUUGCCUUGCUCCUUGCUACACACCCACUUUCCUGAUUUCAACGCUCAUGCUGGUUAUUUGUGUUAGAAUCACAGCUCAAACUCACUAUCAAACUAUCUUUUGCAUCCUUUUGCGAAUCUCAGCUGUUGUAAAUUUCCUAGUUGAUGCUUUUGAAGCUAGUUUCUCUUUUUUUGGAAAGGCCAUUUGAUGGCAGCAGAAACCGGGUUUGCACAGGACACGUGAGUGUGCAGCGGACCCCACCGCCUGGACAGGUGGGUGGGUCAGGGGACAGGUGACACAGUCUCGGUGGGUGGGUCAGGGGACAGGUGACACAGUCUCGGUGGGUGGGUCAGGGGACAGAGGUGACACAGUCUCGGUGGGUGGCUCGGGGGACAGAGGUGACACAGCCUUGGCAGGUGGGUGGCUCAGGGGACAGAGGUGACACAGCUUUGGUUGGGCCCUACCUUCCCAUCCUUUGACUUUCAAUGAUGUUGGACUCCGAAGCAGCCCCCACUUCCAUCCCCAGCUGAUGGUUGGCAGUCCCAGCAUAUUCCCACAGUUCGUUAGAUCGGGGCUGUAUAGAAGUGAGGUUUGGGAACGGAAACCAUACCUGGAACCUGCCUUAAGGUGGGAAAUGUCACUCAGUUAUUUGAUGCUGAUGGCUCCUUGCCCACUGUUUUCUCCCCCAUCCUUCGGGCUAAAUUAAUCGGUGUCGUUAACAAAGAAUUUCUCUAGCCCGCUGAUUUUAAACCAUUGACUGCAUUUGUGUCAAAUGGUGUGGUGCUCCUCUCUUUAAAAGGAGUGGGAGUUUCUCCCACACUUGAUUGGAGCUGAUGUCCGACAAGCUGACUUUGCCUCCGUGUGUGCCGGUGCCACCUCCCCAGCUUCUGCCCUUGCCUCCCUCCCCCAUCACCUUUUGGUGAAGAUUCCCAGAGGAUCCUCCUCGGAGCAGAUGCAGUGGCUUUAACCUGUGUGUCUAUGCCCACUUCCUCUUUCAGCCUGUGUGUGUGAGGCUCUAGCCUUGUACCGAGUGACUUACUCCCCACUCUCUGACCCCGCAUCAGAGCAUCUGGUCCACCCAACCACCGAUCCCCACCUAAACCUCCCCUCGGACUGCAUACAGACCCUGCCCUCCAGAGGCUGAUGCGCCGAAUCUGGAGGAAAGAAAGUGGCUUUGAUUCGGAUCCCCGCUGUGACCCUUCUCCCAGACGCAACACCCUGACUCGAGUGGAGUGGCUGGAGGUGGAAGGGGGGGGUGGAGGUUGGUAUGAAGAGAAGGGAAUGAGGGAGGGAGAUCUGCCUGCCGGACACGUUGGAUCCACCCUGAAGUUUGGUUACACUAAGAGCAGGGAACCUGUUUGAUAUCACUAAUUAUCUGCUGCCUUUUCAUCCAUUGCAAGAUUUUCCGAGGAAUUAAAUUCAUUGGUUUUCCAGUGGUUCCUGCGUACAGACUACUGAUGCUGACUGUUACUGCUCAGAGAUCCUGCCCUCUGUGACUGCUGGAGGUAUCCAGCACCCCCACUGCCACAGUCUGACUGGGUUGGAGGCAUCUUCUCUGGGCUGCAUCCCCAGCCCUGUGCAAGCUUCAGUUUCUGCCUAUCUCAGAGCUGUGAUAUGUAUAUGUAGUCAUUAUUAAUCUGUGAUGGUGCAUUUAUUAUGAUAAGCCUGUUUUACGCUCUUGUCGGUAUUAUGAAGUUGAAGAUUGGACUUGAAAGUCAAAUGGCUGGUUUCAGUCUGCUGAGCCACACAAGGUUCUAACCCAAUCCCGAUUGGUCAAGGGCACAAAUUAGUUUUAUUUUUAAGUUUCCUUUUGCUAAUCUGGGAAACGUGUUGCUCCUUUCAAAACAAAACGUACUUGCUUCUGUCCUGUCAGUGUGAAGGGUGUGUGUAUACACAAGAGAGAGAGAAUGUGUGUAUGAGAGUGUGUGUGUACGAGAGUGAGAGUGUGUAUCCUUUGCACUUCUCUCAGCACUUGGCUGGUGAGCUGAUGGAGUAUGUGUGUAAGCUGUGCAUGUUUCUCCACACUCUGUGUUUGUGUUCAUACAUGUGACAUGAGUGUGUUUGCACCUGUGUCCUUGUGUACACUGGAUGCUGAGCAUGUUAAUGGAGGGAGUCCACUUCACAUUUGCUUGCUUUGAGUCUGACUGGGCACUGCAAUGAAUUGUUUCUCCGCUGGCUUCAGUGAGAGUUCAGCAGCUCUGUCCAGGUGAGGCUGCCAGGGAAGUGCACUUGUUUUCCUUAAAAAAAAACCCAUGGGACUGGUCUUGCUGCCAGUUGGAAUGUGCCCUCACCAGCAACCAAGCCCAAACCCUGUGCGGGUCUUCCAAGUAACCACCAAUAAUAAGAAUUGUUUUGCUUGUAGGUGGAAAAGGGAAGGGAGAGGGCAGCCAGACCCGGCCUGUCUCUCCUCUCUCCUGCCCAGCCAUUUGACUUUCUUCUUUUCAACCUUGUGUUUGUAUUUCAUUACUUGCCAGUGGCCACCCCCCCCACCCACCCCCGCCCCCCAAACCCAGAGCACAGCUGGGAGCACAAGCACUUGUACUGACUGAGAACUCGCCAGCUUCUGCUGACUGGCUACUUGGUUUGGCAGUGAAUGGGAGGGAGUUUCCAAGUGACCCGGUAUCUGGGAUUUGUCCACAGACUACAGGGGCACUGGAAUGGCCCCAUUACUCUGUCAGGAAUGAUGUACUGUUUUCUGUCUGAAGCAGGCUUUUAAAAACUAUUAGUUUUCUUUUUAUACAAGAUGUCUAGACUGUUUCUGUCUCUCUCUCUAAUGUAGCCCUUCUGAUUCCACACGGUAAUCUUCAAUAUUUUCUCAACAAUAAAAUAUGGAUCAGUUUCA